AUGACCAGUAUCAUGCUCACCUGCACCCACCCCACACGUGUCAGGUGUGUGACAGAGAAGAGUCUGAACGAGACAAAGAUCCGUCAGAACCUCAGAGACGACCAUCAGAUCAGAGAAACUUUAGCUGACUCCGUAAGAAGCCCCUGUUGGUGGGUGGGCGGGGUCAGGUGUUAUAAUCCCACCCAUCAGCACAUAUGGGCGUGGCCAUGUGUCAUCAUCACUGUCAGUGUGUUACAGAGUUGUUGUUGACCUGACGCUGUGUUUGUUUCAGAUCCUCCAGGUCCUCCUUCAAUCCGUCUCAACUCUGACUUUCUGCCAAACCAAACCGAGGUGGUUCUGACCGCUGGCUCCACCUUCACCCUCAGUUGUCAUGGUAACAUUUCAGUUGGUUGGACCUUCACUGCAUUCAAUCUGUUGUACCGGGACGGACUGCAGAACCCGGUGGAGAUCAGGAGAUCGAACCCCAGACACACUGGAACGUAUCGUUGCGGGUACAUCAACCAGAGCCUGGAACACCUGAACACCUGGAUACACCUGUAUGUCAAAGACCCAGCUGACCCCGACAGCGUCUUCGUCACACCUUAUCGUCUCCCUGAUGUCAAGGAGGGCCAGGACUUCCUGUUCAGGUGUCUGCUGACCGACCCGUCGGUGACAAACCUCACCCUCCAAUCACAUGACAGCGCCAUGGGCAAGUGGCGGGGCCUGCCUCAGGGCAUGAACGUGACCUUUGACCCCCAGAGAGGAGCCCUGAUCCGAGACCUGCAGAUGUCCUUCAAAGGACGCUAUGUUUGUUCAGGCUGGAAGGAGGGACGAGAGUUCAGAUCCAAACCUGUCAACCUGCUGGUUUCUCGCAGGCUGCGUCUGCAUCAUCCUCCGUCCCUGUCCAUCAGUCAGGAUGAGUUUGUCUGUCUGGAGGGAGAGACAUUCGAGGUCACCUGUCUGGCCAGGAACCCAAACAACUUCUACAACCUCACCUGGACUCACCCGAACAGGAAGACGCCCCCACACGUCUUCGUCACCUGCAUCCAUGGCAACUGUCUGGACAAGAACAGCACUCUGAUGGUCUCUGAUGUCACUCUGACGGACAGCGGCACCUACACCUGUACUGCUCACAACGAGGCUGGAGUCGCCACGGCAACCACACAGCUGAGAGUUGUGGAUCGACCCUACCUGAGGAUCUACCUGCAGGCUAAUGCUAAUGCUAAGACCAUGGAGGUCAACGAGGAACUGGUGGCUAACGUUAGCAGCAUGCUGAUGGAGGUGAAAGAAGAGCUAGCAGCUAACGUUAGUAGUGAUUCAUUGGAGGUGAACGGGGAGCUAACUGCUAAUGUUAACAUUAGAAUGGAUGUGAAUGGGGAUAGCAGCGCUAACAUUAGCGGCAGUAGCACAGUGGAGGUGUACGAAGGUCUGGAUGUGAUGCUGACCUUUGUGAUAGAGGCAUAUCCUCCAAUCAGGAACUGGCACUGGACGACCUCAACACACUUCAACAACAACAGCACGGCGUACCUGGAGAGCUACGUUACAAACAGCUACAGGUCGGAGGCUAGCUUGCUGCUGCGGCGGGUUCGACAGGAAGAUCGGGGUCAAUACUCGUUCCACUUUAUUAACUUGUUCUUUAACGGCUCGCAGAACAUCAACCUCCGAAUUUACCGUUCUCCGAGUGUCGUCAUCAGUCAGGAGAAGGACAUGUUGACCUGCACCGGCUCUGGAUAUCCACCACCCAUAAUUCUCUGGUACACCUGCGCCGGCGUCCACGACACGUACGUACUAUCCAGACUGAGCAUGUGCUGCCAGUGCCCCCUGCAGGCAGCAGAGACUCUCUCAUUCACUCAUUCAUUCAUUCACUCAUUCUUCUUCUUCUUGUCUCAGAAACCCAAAUACGAGACUCGUUGGAAGAUCAUCGAGAGCACUGAUGGAAACAGCUACACCUUUGUUGACCCCACCCAGCUGCCGUACAACCACAAGUGGGAGUUUCCUCGAGACAAGCUCCGCCUCGGCGCUGUUUUGGGAUCGGGGGCGUUCGGGAAGGUCGUUGAGGCGACAGCGUACGGUCUGGGAACGAAGGACGCCACCCGAGUCGCUGUCAAGAUGCUCAAGCCGAGCGCUCACUUGGUGGAACGUGAAGCUCUGAUGUCAGAGCUCAAGAUCCUCGGCUACCUUGGUUACCAUGACAACAUCGUCAACCUGCUGGGAGCCUGCACGCGAGGAGGCCCCAUGUUGAUGAUCACAGAGUACUGUAGCCACGGCGACCUGCUCAACUUCCUGCGGGCCCACGCUCAGGACUUCAUGACGUCCAUUGUGAGCAUGGACGAAUCAGAGGGGGAAGUGUUCUAUAAGAACAUGGCCGCCCAGCACGCCAGGCUCAGGAGUGACAGUGGGAUCUCGUGUUGUUCAGAUUAUCAGGAGAUGCAGCCGGCUCUGAGUCCAGGACAAAAACACUCAGGUAUGCAGAUAGACAGUAUCUCUGUUGAAGACCUCAUGAGGUUUUCCUACCAGGUCGCUCAGGGUCUGGACUUUCUGUCCACCAGGAAUUGUAUCCACAGAGACGUGGCGGCGAGGAACGUCCUACUGACUGAUCGUCGUGUAGCAAAGAUCUGUGACUUCGGUUUGGCGCGAGACAUCCGUAACGACGACAGUUACAUCGUCCAGGGAAACGCUCGUCUCCCGGUGAAGUGGAUGGCGCCAGAGAGCAUCUUUCAGUGCGUCUACACCGUCCAGAGCGACGUCUGGUCCUACGGAGUUCUACUGUGGGAGACCUUUUCCCUGGGUAAGAGUCCGUACCCUAAUGUUGCCGUGGAUACCAACUUCUACAAGAUGAUCCAAGAUGGACGCCACAUGGAUCAGCCUGACUUUGCUCCAGCAGACAUGUAUCAGCUGAUGAAGCUCUGCUGGAGUCUGGAGCCCACACACAGACCAACCUUUAAAACGAUCGCUGAGCUCAUCAACAGGCUCCUUCCCUCCACCAGUGACAUUUCGCCACAUCACAGCGAGCAGUCGGCGUACAGGAACAUCUGUGAGUUCAGAGAGGAGGAGGAAGAGGAGGUCAGAGGAGGAGAUGCCGUGAAGAGAGGAGGAGGAGGAGGUGGAGGAGGAGAGGAGCGAGCUCACAGAGAGUGCCAUGAGGGUGAUGAUGAUGAUGAUGACGACAAUGAGGAGGAGCCGAUGAUGAAGAACAUCUACCAGCUGUCCUGAUCAUUUCGUCCAAUCAAAAUGUGUCUCAGUGUCUCAUGUUGUCAUGACAGCAUCGUCACAAAGGCCACACCCCCUAAAAACAACACUGUAAAAAAGCUGCUGACAAAAAAAUAAAAAUACAGUUUAGGAUUUUGUCUCAUCCCCAAAGAGCGACGGACGUCUGAGACGAAGCCUUCAUCACACAUCAGAAUCUGGAACAGUCGGACACAGACUGAUUCAGAACAGGUGUCGGCAGUUUGUGACGCCAUCGGCAAAAAAGCACAAAGAGCGAGAAAGUCUGAGGAGGACGGACAGGAAGACCAACUUUGACCAGGAAGUCAGCACACGUGCUCUCAUCAUAACUCGUUGCUUUGUCCGUCGACUUUCACGUCUUAAUGUGACGCGUUGAGUUUCCUCUUGCAUCUGCUGCGGAUAUCAUCAUGUCUUUUCAAAAUAAACUUCUGUUUCCACAGGAAGUGUUCAGUUCAUCAGUCUCUGAACUCUGACUUAAUUUAAGGAACGUUGUCGCCAUGUUUGUUUUUUCUUUAAUCUCAGAAACUUUAUGAUGAGGAUGUGAUGUCAUUCAUGGGGCAAUAAAUCGCAGGAUGUCAUAUGAAGCGUGUGUGAGGAGGCGUGUUGUGGUCAGAGCGCUGCACAAGUCUUUUAUUUGACUCACUCCGAAUGAACGUCAACGGCAUUUUAUGUAUUUUCUCUUAAAAACGACCCAGUCAGUAACGAGUUAAUUGGCGUGCAGCUAUUGAAGCACAGUUGACCCAAACUGACGUCCUGUUCAGGAAGUGACACGUUGGGUCGCUGUGAUGGACACAAACCAAAUCAUUAACAUGUUUCUUUAAAUUCAAAUUCAAAAGCUUUAUUGCUUUAUUAAAGCAUGAAAGUUUUCAGUAAAACAUUAUUGCCAAAGCAUAAAACACAAACACAAAAUAACAGUAACAUGAAAAUUAAUCAAAAUCAAGUUUAUUUCUGUCUCCAUGAUGACAGGGAUGGUUGACCUGCAGUGAUGUCAUCGUUCAUCUUGUUGUUGUUUUUUAUUUCCAUGCAUUUUUUUUUAUUUUAAAAACUUCAGAAUUUAAAUUUGAUACAGGAAGUGCUGAUUUCACCCAAAAAGGGGCGGAGCCUGAUGUGACAUGCUGCUGUCAUUUGUAAAGAUGUUAAAAUCAAAACUUUAUUGAGAGAUCCAGAGUGACGACAGGUCUGAUCACGUGAACACUGACAUCAUCGUGCCAAAGGAUCCCAACAAACAAACAAAUAAACAAACUCAGCUAUGAAACAAAUGAUUUUGUUUUUCUAAAAAUCAGAUGGACAUUAAAACGAUUAAAUGUAAACAGACUCUGAACACGCCGUGUGUUUGAUCUUUUUAUUUUACUGGAUCAACUUUUUAAGAAAUUUUUUAAUAAAAAUCAAAUGAACUGUUUUAUUGAUCAGAACUGUGAUUUAAUGUUUUAUAUUUUUACAGUGUAAAAAAUAAAUUCAUUGUUUACACAUCUGUAAA